CACGAAACAAAAAGAUUUUUUUCUAGCCCGCACAAGCCAACGCUUACGUCUGUACUAAUUAAACGAAUGAACCUAAUAGCGAUACGAAGUAGUAGAGUGAAGUUCUAGCAUAGUGCAUCUGCUGCACCCUUGACAACUUCCGACGAGCACUAGUAAGUCCUCCUAAUUUCUUAGCUUCAAGCACCAGAUACAGAUUUUUAAUAGAGUAGUAAGUUUCUAUAUCUAUGCCCGUUCCUUCGUCAAUGUACAGAUCUGCCGGUUUGAGUCGACGUACUUUAUCUAGACGCGCGAACUACGCAACGGCAACUUUCACCGUCUUGAGCAACCAACAUAGGACCCUAGUCGUGUCGCGGCAUUGGAGAAGCGGUCGCUCUUUCAGGUACGCGCCGAGACGAAGAUCCACGACAGCAUGAUGAAUAAGUUGAGCAGCGGCGCGGGACAAGAUAGCAGAUGAGAUAGGACCUCACCUCGCGCAGGGACAAGGGAAAGAACCAAAAGCCACCGUGGUGCGGUCAAACCCAACAGCAAGAGACGUUCGGGCAAAAAACGAUAGGAGGAUCAAGAUCAUGGUGACCAAAGCCCGAAGCUCAAGCUUUCCACUGUCGUUUGCGUCCUCUUCAUCAACUACAACAUCUUCGGGAAAGAACCAGAGCAAUAACCAGCAAUACUUCUGUGGUUCAGCGAGCCGCCUCAUAAGUUCGGGCAUCCAAACCCGACACUUGGCUCGGGAUAGCAUCGUGAACGAGCAGGACAAUCCUGAUUCUGUUGUUCUUGGCCGCACGGUCUCAGAAAUUUCAUCUUACCAGACCACGCUGAGCUGCGGGGGAGGUGGUACGACCACGAAGAGCACGUCCUCCUGUUCUAGUGACCAUACAACUUCUUCGACCGAGGAAGUAGUAGCCAUGAACGUGAAUCCGGCUUCCAGAGAACCGUCACCAUCGCCAGCGACGGUCUCGAAUUACAACUUGUCAGCAGCGCACGACCAGCAGCGGCCGCCCAUGCACGAGAUGCUGCAGAGGCCCUCGCCCUUCGGAGGAGGGAAUUCGAUCUUCGGAAAUUUGAUGGGAUCUUCAGCAGGGGCAAUAGCUCCGGCCGCCAGUACCUCCUCUAUUACAAGCGCAGCGGUCGUGUCCUCGCUAGGGAAUGCUGCAAGAAGUAGUGGCACUACAACGCUGAUACCAACUUCCACAACAUCUUGUUCGUCCUCGAGCACACUGCACCCCACAAGCAGCUCCACUUCUGCGAGCGCCUUGGGGAUCACAGGCACCGCUUCAGGGGUCUUGCACCAGCAGCCGCAUGGGGGAACUAGUACAUCCUCGUCGGCGUCUUCAAAUGUUCCGACCAGCAUGAUCAACCCCUUCGGCAUGACCGUGGUGCAGAACUCCGCGGCGUUUUUCCAGCCGCAUAAUUCUACUACUGCCGCGGCCACACUGCAACCAAUAUCCGCAACAAGUUCAUCGUCUUCAUCCGGCGCAGGCUCAGGUGGAGGCAUAAUUUUUGGAGCUCCUAGCACUCCAGCAUCCAGUUCUUCAUCCGGAAAAAUAAAUGUGGCAGGAGCUGCCGCGCACCAGAGCAUGAGUUCAUUCGCCUCCGAUCCGGGAGGUGGUGGUCCUGGGGGCGGAUUGUUGUCACAACAUCAGAACAAUAGCAAUCCCUUUGGACAUCACCAAAGCGCGAUUGGUCCUCCGGGAAACGCUCCUCCCGCUUUCGGGACGACGCCAUCGAGCAGCAGCUCUUCAUCUUCAUUCUUUGGCGGCGUGUUUGGCGGGGUGGUUCCCACAACGGGAGCAGCAGUUGCGGGCGGAAGUAUCUUCGCCUUGGGCGGACCACAGGCGGCGACAGCCGGGCUCACCACGCCGUUUGGCAUGGGAAACCUGCAGGCAGCCUGCAGCAAGCAGUCCACUUCCGAUCUCGCAGAGUCCGCAGAGCUAAAUGCGGAGCGCGACAUGUGCGGGAGUCCGAAGCGCCAGUCACCUGUGCCGAUGCACGUGGUUGGAACGCCCACCCGCAAAGGUCCGGGCACUCCGAAAGACAAGUCUACCCGGAGAAACCUGAAGAGCCACCUACAGCGCCGGCCACGGGAAAUUCUCUCCAAGGAGCAGCGCUUUAACAUUCUCAGCUUCGAGGAUCGGUAUUGUCAUUUUUCCAACGACGGAUAAAUAUUGAUCGAAUUCUACUCGUUGACUUCUGUCGUUAGUUCUUGAAGAUGAUCAUCUCCGGGAUUCCGCCAAAGACGCUCCGUCGUUUUCUGUGCCUCUGUUUCAAUAGCUGUCGCAACAUCCUGCGUCUACAUGAUGAGUGCGCGAUCAUCUCUCUACUUUUGUCUAAUCUUCUACAAAAAUGCUAUACAGAUUUCUUCCUCCGCGUUGGUGCGAGCCUCCGGCCGAACGCGCCACCCUAUCUUUCGAGCUGCUUGAUGGAAGUCGCACGAAAUUCUUACUGAGUCGAAGGCACCAAGUGAUUGGCUCCGAUGCGAAGACGUGCGACGUUGUGGUGCCCGGGCUCGGUACUUUACGUCUCGCUUUUACUCCUCUCUGAAUGAUGUGUUUCGUCCUUUGUGAUUGUGAAGCAUGACAGGAAUCCAAUCUUCGAGUAAUGUUGUACUUGCCUAAUAUUACUUAACAGCGAAAGAACACUGCGCGCUCGUCUACCACCGGAGCGGACAGCCAUAUAUUUGUUUUUUCGAGUCUGGCGAACUGCUCGAUCAUGCGGACGAACCUUCCAGCCACCAAAUCCUGGACUACGACAAGUAUGAGGAGCUUCGCGAUUUGCCACAGAGGCUGCGCUUGGGAGACGGGAAGUACAUUAAGAAAUGGCAAUGCACGCUGCUCGUGCUGUUUUUUCGUCUCACAGAUGAAAGGUCGCACCAGCUACUUCGAUGAGUAGUUUCUUUACAUGGGAGAGUAGUCUAAACACGGGAGAUGUAGUCUGUCACAUCCACGUGGUCCACUUGCCUUUAUUACUACCCUGUUUUUUUUUCGUUCUUCUUCUUUGAAAGUGAAUGUGACGAAGCGGCCCAUAAUUUUUAUUUGGCAGGUUCGUGCUGACUGGAAACCUGACGUCCGUACGGCAGCAGAUGUCGAAGAACAAGCGAUCAGGCUCCGUCGACGAGGACGAUAUGAUCGAUGAGAAUGAGCCCGCUCCCCGUUGGAAGAAGAAGGCGCGGCGCGAUUCCGACAUGCUCUCGGAGGAGGUGAUGUCUGUCCUGUCGGAGGAGAACUCCAGUCAAGUCUCGCCGCUGCACGGUCCCGGAGAUUUCCUGGACCCGCUGCCGGAGGAAAUCGGGGUGGAAGCCGCUCAGCCCGGGGACCACAUGGAACUGCGCGCACGCACCAGCGACAGCAAAAAGUCCGCUUCUGCCUCCGCCGCUGAUGGCGGAGCAGGGCCCCGGAGCCAGAACAGUGAUCACGCCUUCGGGCUGCCCUCGAGCCAGCAGGACUCGCAGUCUUGGUCCGUGGGAGGAGGUGCCUGUUUUACUGUUGUUUACCCUAUAUUUCUUUGCAUUAGAGCAGGCACUCGUACUGUGAUAAGAAGAUAGUGAUUUUUGAUGAUCAAGUUCUUCACAGCGAGCGCGAAAUUCUUUCGAUCUUGUCAUGAUCCAACAGACGUCGAUCCCAACCUGCAGCAGCAAAAGGGCGCGUUACCGAGCGGCCUGAGCAGUGCGAAACACCGGCAGUCUGUCCAUAGCUCGUUUCAAUGCAAAAACAAGCGGCGGAGCUCCGGCGUGAGCUUUGCGGAAAACCCUGUGGAGGUUGACGACUCGGACUAGGAUUCGCCCGCAGAGCAACAAGGCGUUAGCCACUGCCCUGGACUGCUGGUGAAGCCACUUCCCUGGUGCAGCUUCAUGAGACUGCCAGGCCGACGUUACGUGGCAUCGAUCACCUUGACGAGGAUUUGCUACACCUACUAUACCAUUAUCAUGUUCUUUUCCCGAUAAGAGCUCGCGCACCUUUACAGAAGGCGCUCUCACGGCGACAAUGCAAAUCCUGAUUUCGACUAGGAAUUGUAGCGACAAAAUCGAGCAAGCAUUUUGAUUUUGGUGUUAGAAAUUGCCACUGUUUGAACUAGUUGGUGAGAACACUGCGAACAUGUCUAAGUCGUGUUUUUUCUGUUCUGCUUUAGUAAGAAACCCAAACAC